AUGCCUACAAAUAGCCACGUGGACAUUAAUCUGCUGCCAGUGGAGCUUUGCAACGAGAGGAAGGCAACGAGAGGAAGGCAACGAGAGGAAGGCAACGAGAGGAAGGCAACGAGAGGAAGGCAACGAGAGGAAGGCAACGAGAGGAAGGCAACGAGAGGAAGGCAACGAGAGGAAGGCAACGAGAGGAAGGCAACGAGAGGAAGGCAACGAGAGGAAGGCAACGAGAGGAAGGCAACGAGAGGAAGGCAACGAGAGGAAGGCAACGAGAGGAAGGCAACGAGAGGAAGGCAACGAGAGGAAGGCAACGAGAGGAAGGCAACGAGAGGAAGGCAACGAGAGGAAGGCAACGAGAGGAAGGCAACGAGAGGAAGGCAACGAGAGGAAGGCAACGAGAGGAAGGCAACGAGAGGAAGGCAACGAGAGGAAGGCAACGAGAGGAAGGCAACGAGAGGAAGGCAACGAGAGGAAGGCAACGAGAGGAAGGCAACGAGAGGAAGGCAACGAGAGGAAGGCAACGAGAGGAAGGCAACGAGAGGAAGGCAACGAGAGGAAGGCAACGAGAGGAAGGCAACGAGAGGAAGGCAACGAGAGGAAGGCAACGAGAGGAAGGCAACGAGAGGAAGGCAACGAGAGGAAGGCAACGAGAGGAAGGCAACGAGAGGAAGGCAACGAGAGGAAGGCAACGAGAGGAAGGCAACGAGAGGAAGGCAACGAGAGGAAGGCAACGAGAGGAAGGCAACGAGAGGAAGGCAACGAGAGGAAGGCAACGAGAGGAAGGCAACGAGAGGAAGGCAACGAGAGGAAGGCAACGAGAGGAAGGCAACGAGAGGAAGGCAACGAGAGGAAGGCAACGAGAGGAAGGCAACGAGAGGAAGGCAACGAGAGGAAGGCAACGAGAGGAAGGCAACGAGAGGAAGGCAACGAGAGGAAGGCAACGAGAGGAAGGCAACGAGAGGAAGGCAACGAGAGGAAGGCAACGAGAGGAAGGCAACGAGAGGAAGGCAACGAGAGGAAGGCAACGAGAGGAAGGCAACGAGAGGAAGGCAACGAGAGGAAGGCAACGAGAGGAAGGCAACGAGAGGAAGGCAACGAGAGGAAGGCAACGAGAGGAAGGCAACGAGAGGAAGGCAACGAGAGGAAGGCAACGAGAGGAAGGCAACGAGAGGAAGGCAACGAGAGGAAGGCAACGAGAGGAAGGCAACGAGAGGAAGGCAACGAGAGGAAGGCAACGAGAGGAAGGCAACGAGAGGAAGGCAACGAGAGGAAGGCAACGAGAGGAAGGCAACGAGAGGAAGGCAACGAGAGGAAGGCAACGAGAGGAAGGCAACGAGAGGAAGGCAACGAGAGGAAGGCAACGAGAGGAAGGCAACGAGAGGAAGGCAACGAGAGGAAGGCAACGAGAGGAAGGCAACGAGAGGAAGGCAACGAGAGGAAGGCAACGAGAGGAAGGCAACGAGAGGAAGGCAACGAGAGGAAGGCAACGAGAGGAAGGCAACGAGAGGAAGGCAACGAGAGGAAGGCAACGAGAGGAAGGCAACGAGAGGAAGGCAACGAGAGGAAGGCAACGAGAGGAAGGCAACGAGAGGAAGGCAACGAGAGGAAGGCAACGAGAGGAAGGCAACGAGAGGAAGGCAACGAGAGGAAGGCAACGAGAGGAAGGCAACGAGAGGAAGGCAACGAGAGGAAGGCAACGAGAGGAAGGCAACGAGAGGAAGGCAACGAGAGGAAGGCAACGAGAGGAAGGCAACGAGAGGAAGGCAACGAGAGGAAGGCAACGAGAGGAAGGCAAUGAGAAGAAGGCAAUGA